AUGUCGGAAUGUACUAUCGCAUCGUCUGAGAUCGGACGACUGGAAAUGAGCGAUGACAUACCUGACAAGACAAUCUACAAACCACUACCAGCGGGCGAGUUUAUUCGCGUGUUAAAACUCCAAUCUGGCGAAACCGAUCAAGGCAUUGAGUGCAGCCUCAAAAUCAUUGGCAUCGAAGAAUCCAAAGGCUCAUAUGAAGCCAUAUCGUACGUUUGGGGCGACCCCAACGACACUGUCGAUGUACGGUGUAAUGGACUGCGAGUAGCUAUCACUGUCAGCCUCGCAGAUGCAUUUCGGAACUUCCGACACACGACUGAGCCUCGACUACUAUGGGCGGAUGCUCUCUGUAUCAACCAGAAAGACGACAGAGAGAAGGGACAUCAGGUCAAGAGAAUGGGCGAAGUCUACGCCAACGCAAAACGCACACUUGUUUGGCUUGGUCGCGAUGAUCAAAAUAUCGCUAUCGAUGCGUUUGCUAUCAUUCUUGAGGCGAACGCAUACUUUCAGGACUCGUUCUUGCAGGCAGACCAAAUGAUCCACCAAAUGGUCCGCUUUACCAAACCGUACCCUAUUUGUAUGGAUACGAAACGAUGGUUAGGAGUCAAGAGAAUCUUCGAAUUUCCUUGGUUCAGACGAGUAUGGACUGUCCAAGAAGUCGCCAUCGCCAAAGAAGGUUGUUUGUUUUGGGGCCCGAUCAGCAUCGAUAUUGCUGACGUGUUGGAAAUAUGCACGUGGAUGAACAGACGCCCAGAAUUCAAGGAAACUAUCCGGACUACUAUUGGGGUUGUCAAAUCUCUGAAAACAGAAAACAUGUAUCCCUAG